CCGUUUAAACUUGGUCGUGAGAGGGUAAGCCUCCAAUCCGCCGCCCCGCGAUCGUGUCGUCUUAGUGGAAAAAGUGCAUAGUGAAGACGGAACACUGGCCGCCAACAUAAAUCUGCAGAUUCUCCAGCACAUCUUGAUGGCCCCCGUGAGCGCUAUCUCUGGCCGAUCGCCCAGUGCCACCAAUUCGUUGCAGGAUCUGAGCGCGGCCGCCGCUGCCAUCGCCCUGGACAUGACUCCCAAGGUGGAGCUGAUGCCCCUGUCGUCCUCCACGGCUGUGGCGCCCACGCAGAAGAUCAAGAAAUUGGUGCGACGAAACGCCUCCGACAAACUAAAGCUCAUCCAAAUGGUGCACGACAACCCCAUUUUGUGGGACUCGCGGCUGCCCAACUUCAAGGGCGCCGAGGAGGAAAAGAACCGCGCCUGGGAGCACAUCGGACGCGAGUUCAAUGCUCCGGGUCGCCGAGUGGCGCGGGCCUUCAAAUCUCUGCGAGAAUCCUAUCGCCGGGAGCUGGCCCACGUCAAGAUGAUGGGCAACGGCUUCAAGCCCAAAUGGAGCCUGUACGAAGCCAUGGAUUUUCUGCGAGACGUUAUCAGAGAGAGAAAAGGCGCCUCACAUGCCACAGAUCUCAGCCUGAGCGCCUAUGCUGCUCAUCUGCACAACAACAAUAAUAGCCACAAUAACAACAACCACAGCAUUCUGGGAGGAGGAGCUGGUGGCAAGGGAGGCGCCAUGAAGCUAUCCUCGUCCUUCAACGAUUCGGCCUCUGCACUGAAUCUGUCCAAGUGCUCCACCCUGAAUGCGAGCGGCGACGAUUACUAUUGCGAUUACUACGUGAAGCCGGAGCUGGAUCUCUCCACGGGGGGCGGGGCCGGCAGCAGCAGCAGCGGAAGCUGCUCGGGAGCUGGCGGAGGACCGCCCGCUUUGCCCCAGCCAGCCCAUCAGCACCAGGCAAAUAACGACAGUCGGGUGAGCUCCACCAGGAAUGAGAAUCAUCACCUGCAGCAGAGCUACGACGACAUGGACGCGAGCUCGUUGCGGAGCGGCGACGAGGAUGCCGAUGCCGGCAAUGGCUCCGAUGGGGUGGAGGAGCUGGAGGCUAUUGAUGCGGACUUUCCCUAUCCCCUUAUACUUGACUCGAACUCGCCGGGGAGCACCAAUGCCGGCGUGGAUGAGGUGGCUUCCUCUCGUAAGCGCCGUCGCAAUGGCGAGCAGGAGGACCUGGACGACGGCGAUGCCGACGGUGAUGGCGGUGUCAUCGACGGCGAUGACUAUGAGGAGCAGAUGCUGCAGCAGCAUCGGCAUUUGCGUCAGCAACAGAAUGCAGCUGUAGUCACCGGGGGAUUGGAUCUGCCGCCACCACAAACUGUUCGCGAGGUCCUCAACUCGAAGUUCUGUGGCUUCAUCUCCGCCAAACUGAACAGCAUGGAGGACUCCGAGGCGGAUAACCUGAUGAACCGCAUUCUCCUUUUACUCGUGCAAAUGCAGCAAUGCGAAGGAUCUGUAAAGUAGAGACGCACCAGAAGGCGGUUUCGGGAUCUAGUUUUUAGUAGCGAAGAAAAGCCCAUUAUGGACUAAUGCGGCUGCUCAAAGCAAAUAGUUUUCUUGCCAUUCAUUUUGCUCCCCCAUUUUGCCAUAAGAAAAGUAAUGCCAAAACUGUGCCAUACCAAAAAGAAUCGAACAAAUAUGCAACUGAAGGAACUGGUUAUCACCUAUAGGGAUCGUAUCGUUCCUGCUCUCAUAUCAAUAACUACAUCGUAGACAUGGAAAACAUACACUCAAAGCAAAGACAACACAAAGACAAAGACAAAGAGAAACAC